AUGCUCACACGUCAAGGGGUUCUAGCCUGUCAAAGAGCGUUCUCCGAGCUCUCGGCUCGCGCAGCCUUCGCAGCCACCGGCGUCAACGGACGUCGUGGGCUCGCCACCUCGCAGAGCCUCGCAUCGCCUCGUGUCAUUAUCACCGGUGGUCUUGGUCAAUUGGGCAUGCCUUUGGCCCGUGUUCUACGGCACAAGUUCGGUGAUGAAUCUGUCAUGGUCACCGACAUCAAGAAACCCGACUCCUGUGUGGCGGAUCUCGGAAAAUUCGAAUUUGUCGACAUCCUAGAUCCAACAGGACUAAGGAAGUUGGUUGUGGAACACCGUGCCGAUUGGCUGAUCCAUUUCUCAGCCCUGCUCUCUGCCAUCGGCGAACAGAACACUCUGCUCGCCAUGAAGAUCAACCUCGAGGGUCUCCACAACAUUUUUAACGUUGCACGCGAGUUCAACCUCCGUCUUUUCAUCCCCAGCACCAUUGGUGCUUUUGGGCCUAAUUCGCCACGUAACCCCACCCCUGAUGACUGUAUUCAGCAGCCCAAUACCAUCUAUGGUGUGAGCAAGGUGCACGCUGAGUUGUUGGGCAUGUACCUCAACCACCGCUACGGCCUGGAUUUCAGGAGCCUUCGUCUUCCUGGUGUUAUCUCUGCUGAUGUCGAACCAGGCGGUGGCACAACCGACUACGCUAUUCACAUUUUCAAGUACGCGAUGCGCGGAGAGCCCUAUCCAUGCUUCCUGAACGAGAACACGCGUCUUCCGAUGAUCUGGAUCGACGAUGUGAUUCGCGCCAUGGCUGAGGUGAUGGAGUGUCCUCGAGAGAAGCUGAAGCGAUGCGUCUACAACCUCGCGGGCAUCAGCUUUACCCCCAGGGAGAUCAACGAGGCGAUGCUGCGUGGCAUGAAGCGACACGGCCUCAACAAACAACUCCAGACGUACGAGCUCAAAUACGACGUCGACUUCCGCCAAAAGAUCGCUGAUAGCUGGCCUGAGGUGCUAGACGAUUCCAACGCUCGACGUGACUGGGGCUGGAAACACGAGGUCGACAUUGACGGAAUGGUUGACAGGAUGUUCGAAUACCUCAAGACGCACUAA